AUGAGUAUAGGCAGUAUCGCCGCAAUCCAAGGUGUUCUGAGCAACCCAAGACCCACCUCCAUUUUAGCAAAAACCCAGAUCAGAACAGAGCUUAAAGAGUUGAAAAAGGCUAGUCUCUCUGCCAAAGGAGAACACUGGCUCAACUGGAUGGUUCUGGAGAAGACUAUAAAUUGCCACCUAGUGGUCCAGCGUCAUUGCGAGAUGAGCAGGCGCCUAUAUCACGCAACGUUUACUGGGAAGGAGUUAUUGAUGCUUGUGUAUGUCUGGGUGGCUUUUCUUCUUGCUCAGAUUGUUAAGUUCUGUACAACUAAAGAAGCUUUUCUAGGAACUCAUCUAUUCGCAUACCGGACCUUAAAAUGCUCUCCAAAAGAUAUGAUCAUCACUAGCAAUGCAAUCAAUCAGAAAAUCUUGUCAAGAAAUCCUUGGCAAGGAAAAAUCACGGAAGAGGUUUGGAUUCAAAAUUCCUUGAUCAUUGGUUUUGAUCCCAAGUCUUCCACGUCCAUUUCCAACUGUGAGAUAAUGGGUGCUUCAGUUUCAACUGUACACUUCAAUUUGAGACUUAGGCACCUAACACUGGACAUGCCCCUUAUAGAUUAUGAUCUGGCAUUUCUCUUUCAGCCAAUGUUCAUGCUGGGCAUCAGCAUAGGAGUUGCCUUCAACGUCAAGUUCGCCGACUGGAUAGUCACAGUUCUACUUAUUAUUCUCUUCUUAGGUAAUAACAUUUUGACAAGAAUUUCCUAA